CAUUUCUUUCCGACAACCAAUCACGAUCGACGUUGAACAAAGAAAGCUUUAUUUAUUCUUCUUAAUGACGGAGACCUUUCAUACGUUCCUUGUUUCUGUCAUCGUGUGACGGACAUCUUCGAAUACGCUGCAGGUUUGGACUUCUUCUCUGAACGAUUAUGUCUUCGAAUUCCUCAAAGUUGAGACAUCGGUGGAAAGAAGAAGAGCCUGAAAAGUAUCAGGCGUAUCUGCUUCAGCAGAGGAUCCGGAAUAAAGAGAGGAGAGACAAAAAGAAGACAAAACAGGCUGAAGAGAUGCCCACCCGAGCUGCGCUUCAGCAGAUAGAGAGAGAAAAGUUAGCGCAGAGGGAAAGGAGCCGGCGUUACAGAGAGAAAAAGGCAGCUCAAUCUUGUAGCACCACAGUGAGAGAGCCGCGUGAAUCUACCACGAUUGCUUCGAGUACCGGAAAGAAGCGGUGUGAAAUGACAGAAGAAGAGAGGCGAAAGCAUGACAGUGAAGUGAGAAAAAACCACUAUUCCAGGAUGUCUGAUCAGAUGAAGACUGCCAGAAAGAAGAUAGAUAAGGAGCGGAAACAAAAGAAACGAGAAGAGGAGAAAGCAAAGGAGACAACUGCAGCAAUUGGUCUUAUCAACCUGCUCAAGAGGUUACCGAAAACCCAGCAGAAUGUAGGGUCAAAGAUUAUGUCUUCGAAUUCCUCAAAGUUGAGACAUCGGUGGAAAGAAGAAGAGCCUGAAAAGUAUCAGGCGUAUCUGCUUCAGCAGAGGAUCCGGAAUAAAGAGAGGAGAGACAAAAAGAAGACAAAACGGGCUGAAGAGAUGCCCACCCGAGCUGCGCUUCAGCAGAUAGAGAGAGAAAAGUUAGCGCAGAGGGAACGGGGCCGGCGUUACAGAGAGAAAAAGGCAGCUCAAUCUUGUAGCACCACAGUGAGACAGCCGCAUGAAUCUACCACGGUUGCUUCGAGUACCGGAAAGAGGCGGUGUGACAUGACAGAAGAAGAGAGGCGAAAGCAUGACAGUGAAGUGAGAAAAAACCACUAUUCCAGGAUGUCUGAUCAGAUGAAGACUGCCAGAAAGAAGAUAGAUAAGGAGCGGAAACAAAAGAAACGAGAAGAGGAGAAAGCAAAGGAGACAACUGCAGCAAUUGGUCUUAUCAACCUGCUCAAGAGGUUACCGAAAACCCAGCAGAAUGUAGGGUCAAAGGUAAAUAUGAAAUACCCGUACGUAAUGUGUUGUUUGUAGUUAAGUGGAU